AUGCUGGAAGGUGGUGCAAAAUUCUCUGGAAUAAUAGACCUCAACAAACACAACGAUAACUACUAUGAUUUCUCUCAAGGCUUUUAUCAUAAGCUUGAGGAGGGAACCAAUAUGUCAAUUGACAGCAUUGGUAGCUUGCAAACAAGUAAUGGUGGAGGAUCUGUUGCAAUGUCCAUUGAUAAUAGCAGUGUUGGGUCCAAUGAUUCCCAUACUCGCAUAUUGAACCACCAAGGGUUACGGAGACGGGCCAGUGAUAAUUACUCCAUUGCAUACAGUGUCAAUCAUCGAGGAAGAGUCACACAUGCUUUGAGUGAUGAUGCUUUGGCUCAAGCUCUAAUGGACAGUAGUUCCCCAACUGAGGGGCUUCGCAAUUUUGAUGAGUGGACAAUUGAUUUGAAGAAUCUUAUUAUGGGUGAGGCUUUUGCUCAAGGAGCUUUUGGAAAACUCUACAGAGGUACUUACAAUAACGAGGAUGUUGCUAUCAAAAUCUUAGAGAGGCCUGAAAAUGAUUCAGCAAAAGGCCAGUUGAUGGAACAACAGUUUCAGCAGGAGGUGAUGAUGCUGGCUACACUGAAACAUCCUAACAUUGUUCGUUUUAUUGGUGCAUGCCAUAAGCCAAUGGUAUGGUGUAUUGUUACAGAAUAUGCCAAAGGGGGUUCAGUUCGGCAAUUUUUAAUGAAGCGACAAAAUCGAUCAGUGCCCCUCAAAUUGGCUGUUAAACAAGCUUUAGAUGUUGCACGGGGGAUGGCAUAUGUUCAUGGUCUUGGGUUGAUCCACAGGGACUUAAAAUCUGAUAAUCUUUUGAUUUUUAGUGACAAAUCAAUUAAAAUUGCUGAUUUUGGAGUUGCACGGAUAGAGGUGCAAACUGAAGGAAUGACGCCUGAGACUGGAACAUACCGCUGGAUGGCUCCGGAGAUGAUCCAGCAUAGGCCGUACACACAAAAGGUGGAUGUAUAUAGCUUUGGGAUUGUUUUAUGGGAACUCAUCACAGGAAUGCUUCCAUUUCAGAAUAUGACAGCUGUACAGGCAGCAUUUGCAGUUGUGAACAAAAACGUACGCCCAAUCAUACCCAAUGACUGUUUACCUGUUCUCCGGGAGAUCAUGACACGAUGCUGGGAUCCCAACCCUGAUGUCAGGCCACCAUUUACUGAAAUUGUAGGAAUGCUUGAGAAUGCAGAGACUGAGAUCAUGACAACUGUUCGGAAGGCCCGAUUUAGAUGUUGCAUGACACAACCAAUGACUGCUGACUGA